GUGUCAUUUGUCAGACCCUGACCUAACCUCAACAUUAACAAAAAAAAAAAUGUUCAAAACAGUUUGUUCCAAAAGUUUGAACGAAAUAAAAUUUUUACGUUAUUUUUCUCUAGAAAAAAAAUAUGAUGUUAUCGUAGUUGGAGGCGGUCAUGCGGGAAGCGAAGCAUGCGCUGCCGCCGCUCGAAUGGGGGCCCAAACUUUACUGGUCACACACAAGAAAGAAACAGUAGGCGAAAUGUCUUGCAAUCCUUCGUUCGGUGGUAUCGGUAAAGGGCAUUUGAUGAGGGAAGUUGAUGCUUUGGAUGGAGUUUGUGGCAGAAUUUGCGAUAUAUCAGGAAUACAAUAUAAGCUACUGAAUACAAGGAAGGGACCAGCUGUUUGGGGAUACCGUGCCCAAAUCGACAGAAGUUUGUACAAACAAAAUAUGCAAAAUGAGCUAUUUCGCAAUACUCCAAACCUAGAUGUGCUUGAAGCUCCUGUGGAAGACUUGAUUGUGGAGAAUCCAAGAAUUAAUUCUAACAAUCAGACUUGCAUAGAAUGCAAAGGAGUCAUCUUAAGAGACGGAACAAGAAUAUCAGCCAAAAGUGUUGUCAUAACAACAGGAACGUUUUUGAAAGGUAGCAUAAACCUUGGCCUGGAAGUUUUUCCAGCAGGCAGAAUAGGGGAUGAACCUUCCUUAGGGUUAGCGAAUACUCUAGAAAAGCUGAAUUUAAGAAUGGGGAGACUGAAAACUGGCACUCCACCCAGGUUGAGAAAAGACACAAUCAAUUUUGACGUUUGCCUUGCUGCGGGAGGAGACAAGAUGCCUCGUCCAUUUUCUUUCAUGAAUAAUAAAGUUUGGAUAAAUCCAGAAGAUCAACUGGAUUGCCAUUUAACUAAAACUACCCUGGCCAUCGAAAAAAUUGUGAAAGACAACCUACAUUUGGACCGUCACGUCAUAGAAGAAGUCACAGGGCCGAGAUACUGCCCCAGCAUAGAAUCGAAAGUCCUCAGGUUUCCCGGAAGAGAGCACCAAGUGUGGCUUGAACCUGAAGGCUUCGAUAGCGACAUUAUUUACCCAAACGGACUGUCUUGUACACUUCCCGAGGAGUACCAGUGGCAACUCAUACGCAGCAUUCCAGGCCUCGAAAAAGCAGAACUGGUGAGGCCGGGGUAUGGGGUGGAGUAUGAUUUCGUGGAUCCGAGGGAACUGCAGCCUAGUUUGGAGGUGAAACGAGUCGAGGGUUUAUUUUUGGCUGGGCAAAUAAAUGGUACGACUGGAUACGAAGAGGCUGCUGCACAAGGAAUUCUUGCAGGAAUCAAUGCAGGUGCAAAAACUCUCGAAAGAUCCUCCUUAACAGUAAGCAGAACGGAGGGCUACAUAGGCGUCAUGGUCGACGAUUUGACCACUUUGGGUACCACAGAACCAUACCGCAUGUUCACCAGCAGGGCUGAGUUUCGUUUAACCCUCAGACCAGACAAUGCUGACCAGAGAUUGACCCCGAAAGGUUUUGCCGUGGGAUGUGUGUCACAGGAAAGGUUCGACAAGACUCUCGAAGUUGAAAAGCUGCUACAAGAUGGAGUAGAGUUGCUGAAAAGUGUGUCGAAAACCACACAACAGUGGAGACUUUUGCUGGGAUUGCCCGAAUCUAGAAGUUUACAUAAAAGAAGUGCUUUUGAUAUGGUAGACAAUCAAGGCAUCACGAUAACCAGGCUGGCUGAAGCUGCUCCCGAACUGCUUUCGCUCACUCACGAUCCUUCCUUGGAGAACAGACUGCACAUCGAGGCUUUGUAUCAUGCCGCGGCUGCCGAACAACUGGAAGAAGUCCAGGAAGUCAGGAGAGACGAAGGCCUCACCAUUCCCGAAGAUUUGGACUAUAAUUCGAAUUCGCUCAAUCUCAGCUUCGAAGAGAGGGAGAAGCUCCUGGCAGUUCAGCCUCAGACGAUCGCAGCAGCGAGUAGGAUACCAGGCGUGACGCCUUCUUCCGUUUUCAGGCUUCUCAGGUUCGUGAAGCAGAGGGGGGAAAUACUGGCGGCAGUGUGAAGAGAAGGCAGUUUCUUGUGAUAUUAUUUUUCCUAGUGAGAUCUGUUGAUAUAAAUGACAAACUUGUG